AUGCUAAUAAGUAAAACUCAACAAUAUAUCAUUGGAUAUUCUUCAAUAUCCAUAGCUCUACUAAGUUGGUCAAUUUAUGAUUCUUUGAGUAAAUCAUUUAAUUUUGUUAUGUUUUUAGUUGAAUUCACUGAUGGGAUUAAAUUAGGAAUAUUACUUAAUUUCAUAAUUUUCUUAUUUUUAAUAAUUGAUAAAUCAAUUCAAUUAUUAUUAUUUGGAUCGUUAAGAAUGAUUGAAGUUGAACAUUUAUUUGAAAAAUUACCUAUAUUUGCCAUUAAUUUAUUAUUAAAUUUAGCCACGGGGGAUAAUAAUAUUAUUAUGAAUGUAUUUUUAAUGGGAUUAUCAAUGAGUUUUAAAGUUUUCCAUGUUAUAAUGUUUGAUCGAUUAGAUUAUGUCAAUUUAAUUAUUGUUAAUAAAAUUAAUGAUGAAGACAUUUAUUUAAAUCAAGUGAUUAAUCAUUUUGGAUUAUCAAUAAAUUUUUGGUUAAAUAUUUUUUUCAUAAUUACUGAUUUUAGUCUUGCCAAAUUUUUAGUUUAUGAUGUUUUCCAAGGAAUUAAUUCUGUUACUUGUUUAUUGUUUGGUUUCCAAUUUGCAGUACAAGGAGUUCAAGCAUUAACAUAUUUUUCUAAAUUAUUAUUAGGUAUUUAUGAAAUUGCCUUUUAUCGUAUUAGAAAAAAUGAACAUCAAGCUGCUCUGAUUAGAGGGUGGCAACAAAAUAAUGAUGAUGUGGUAACAUCAUCAGAUAAUUUAAGAGAAACUGAAACUACUACUACUGCUACUAACAACAAUGAUGUUGAUUCCGAUGAAGAAGAAGAAGACCAAGAAGACGAACAAAUCGAUGAAGAUGAUGAUGUUGAACUUAUAUGGGAGAAUAAACCAUAUUAUACCAAAGGAAUUGACAUUGGAUCAGCUGUACUUACUUUUAUAUCAUAUUUAUCAUUUGUAUAUUUAUUAACCAUCCAUUCGGGUCUUUCAUUACCUUUAUCAAUGUUACAAGGUACAUAUUCAUCAAUGAGACGUGCUUGGGUUGAAACCAAUCAAUUAUUAGCAUUUAUUGAAUCUUCAAAAAGAUUAGAUACUCAAUUAGCUAAUGCUACACAAGAUGAUUUGUCUCAAUCUGAUAGUUUAUGUAUUAUAUGUCGCGAAGACAUGCAUUCAUUGGAAGAUUAUCAAAGAAUUUUCAAAAAACCUCAAUCCCCAAGAAGAUCACCUAAAAAAUUGAAAUGUGGUCAUAUUUUACAUUUGGGUUGUUUAAAAGAAUGGUUAGAAAGAUCAGAUAGUUGUCCAUUAUGUAGAAGAAAAGUUUUCUCCAAUGAUAGUACUACUACUACUACAAAUAAUAAUAAUAAUAAUAGGGACAAUGAUCAAAAUAAUGGGAAUGUACCAGCACCUCAACCAGGUAAUGUUCCUGUACCACCUCCACCUCCACCUCCAGCUGCAACAGCAACAGCAACCGCAACUGCAACUGCAACCGCGACUGCUGCUGCAGUAAAUGCUGAAUUACAACGAGAAGUUAGAGAAAUUAAUAAUUUAUUGCAAAAUGGUGAAAACGCAGCAAAUGGGGAACAGCCGAACCAACAAUCCAAUAAUGACGUUAUUGAACAACCAAUUGAAGGACCAUCAUCUCAAUCCAAUGAUUUAUUGCAAUCAAUUGCAUUACCAAAAAAUGCAUUAUUACCUCCAGGAUGGUUAAUAUUACCAUUGAAAAAACCUGAACAACAAGAAGCAAACGGAAAUGGUGGUGGUGGUGUUGAUUAUAAAGUCAAUAUUUCUUCUUAUCAUCAAGCAGAUUUGAAGAUUAAUAAGGAAAAACCAAGUACUCGUGAAAUUAUAACUUAUGGUAUUCCAAAAGAAGAACCUAUAUGA